CUGGCAUGAAGUGAGUACCUGGACAAGGUCAAACAGGGAAGCAGUCAGAGCUCCACCGCCUGCUGGUCUGUCGUCACCGCUGUGACCUGCAGUUCUGCAGCUGAUACAAGAUAUUGAAGGACUUUCAUCCUAUUUCUGGGACAAGUUCAGAUCUGUGUUCUUGGAGGAAAAAAGACAAACUGAUUAACAAUCCCAUCUUAUUGCAGCUGCAACCUUGGCCAGUUGGCAAAGUGGACCACAGGAGGAUAUAGGACAUUCAGGAGGAGAGGACAAGAAGAGGAAUAUCCUAAACAUUUUUGGGGCACUGUUUUUGACCAAAAGAACUGUUUUUUUUAUUUAUCUUGUAGUUGUCUUAAACCAAACAACCAAAUACGAUCUACGGUGUACGUGAAAGUUUUUUUUUUUCCCUCCUCUGCAUCUAAAAAAUCCCAGACUCCUGCAGAUUGAAGCAACGCAACAAAAAAUCCUGCUCUCAGCAAAAAGAACCUGCAGCCGCCACAACACGCUGCAUGAUAAGCCACAGCAUCGCAUGACAGACAUGUAAUUAAACUCUACAUCACAGAAUAAUCAUAAUUAUAUAGAGAGGAAUUGCGCGUUCUCGGGGCGCAGCAUCAGCACCAGCAGCAUCCGAUGCGCGUCCCCGCCCCGGUAGAGGCUGCCCGCCAUCCCGGGAAGAGGAGUUAAAGUUGGGCUUGAAGGAGGGUGUGAGGAGAGGAUGCUGCAGAACCAUCUACCGUCUCAUUAACAUAGCCUAUGCGGAGAAACGCGUCCUGAGAGAAGGAUGACUUGCAAAAUAUUGAGCCUAUGCCUCUUGUUUUUGGGUUUCCAACACUGCUCAUCACAAGAAUGUGUGGAUCCCCUGGUGUCGGGGCUUUAUGCCUCCUCUUUCCUCGCUUCCUCCAGAUAUAACUUCCUGUACUCGGCCAAUUUUGCCAAACUGUACGGCAGCAGCGGCUGGUCUCCAACCCCUACGGACAAGCAGCCGUGGCUGCAGAUUGACCUGCGCAGGAAGUACCGCCUGCUGGCCAUCGCCACACAGGGCACCUUUAACUCCUAUGACUGGGUCACGAAGUACGCGCUGCUGUACGGAGACAGGCCGGAUUCCUGGACCCCGUACAUCAUGAGAGGAGGAAACUCUACUAUGCCUGGAAACUGGAAUUAUUAUCAGGUGAAGAGGAAUGUCUUCCAUUACGAAUUUACCGCUAAACACAUCCGUCUGCUCCCUCUGGCAUGGAACACAGAGAACGGAGGGAAGAUUGGUGUGAGGCUGGAGCUGUUUGGCUGCCCAUAUGAUUCCCACGUGCUACAGUACAACGGGGACGAUUCGGUGUUCUACUUGUAUCCAGAAAAGAGGUCCCGCACUUUGCACGACCACAUCGCCAUCAACUUCAAGACUCUGGAGCAGGACGGGCUGCUGUUGCACAGCGAGGGGAUUCAGGGAGACAUUUUCACCCUGGAGCUGAAGCGAGGCCGUCUCUACCUGCAUAUCAGUCUUGGAAGCAGUGUUUUGCACAAAGUAAAUGGUCGGACUACUCUCAUAGCCGGCAGCCUCCUGGAUAAUCUACACUGGCACUAUGUCACCAUCAAGCGCUAUGGGAGACAGGUGAACUUCACGGUGGACAGUCAGAGAGUAACAGCCAUCUGUAACGGAGAGUUUACACACAUGGAUUUAAACACGAAGCUGUAUGUGGGAGGAGUCAUAGAGGAAAACCUCCCGCACCUCCCUACCACACCAAAUUUCCGUGGUUGCCUGGAGAACGUCUUCUUCAACGGCAUCAACAUCAUCGACAAGGCCAAGAGAGAAGACACUGACAUCCACAUACCAGGAAAGAAAAAGAUGCACUUUGCCUGCCGUGACAUUCUCCUGCGCCCCAUGACCUUCGCUGGGCCCAACAACUUCUUGCAAGUGCCAGGCUUCUUCAGAAGGUCUCGUUUGGCCGUCAAGUUCAAAUUCCGUUCGUGGGACUACACGGGGCUGCUUAUGUUCACACGCUUCGCCGAUGACCUCGGCGCCCUUGAGCUGGGUCUGAGUGAGGGACAGAUCAACGUGACAAUAUUCCAGCCGGGAAAGAAGAAAAUCCAGUUUGCCGCAGGAUACCGGCUAAAUAAUGGGUAUUGGCAUACAGUGGAUCUGGCAGCCCGAGACAACCUUCUGACCCUCACAAUUGACGAAGAGGAGGGCUCUCCACUGAAGAUCACCAACCCCUUCACAGUUAGAACAGGGGACCGCUACUUUUUUGGAGGUUGUCCGAAAACAAAUAACACAAUAAGGAAGUGUGAGACCAAGCUGAAUCGCUUUCACGGUUGCAUACAGCACAUCUUCAUAGACGACGAGCAGCUUGACAUUGAUAUAAUUCUGGAACGAAAGUGGGGGCGCUAUGCUGAGCUGCUCUUUGGAACCUGUGGCAUCACCGACCGGUGUACUCCAAAUCCAUGUGAACACGAAGGCCGGUGCAUCCAAUCGUGGGAUGAUUUUAUUUGCCUCUGUGAGAACACGGGAUAUAAAGGAGAAGUGUGUCACAUGUCGGUUUACAAAGAGUCGUGCGAAGCCUACAGACUCAGCGGCAAGUAUUGGUCUGGAAACUACACCAUUGAUCCUGAUCUCAGUGGACCCCUGAAGCCAUUUGAGGUGUACUGCAAAAUGAAGUCUUAUAAAGCUUGGACGGUGAUUAUGCACGACCGAGUGGAUGGCACCAAGGUGACAGGGAGUUCAAUAGACCGGCCGUAUAUCGGCAAUGUCAAAUACUGGAAUGCCUCAUGGGAUGAAGUCACUGCUCUGGCCAACACUUCCAUGUACUGCGAGCAGUGGAUUGACUACUCCUGCUACAAGUCCCGUCUUCUCAACACCCCGAAUGGAAGACCGUUUGGUUACUGGAUCGGUCGCAACAACGAGACUCACUAUUACUGGGGUGGGACAUUCAGAGAGGUCCACAAGUGUGGAUGUUCUGUCAACCAAACCUGCGUCGACCCCAAGUUUCAGUGCAACUGUGAUGCUGACUAUAGACAAUGGUACUCAGAUAAAGGUUACCUGGACUUUCGAGACCAUCUGCCUGUGAGGAGAGUGGUGGUCGGGGACACCAACAGGACCGGCUCUGAAGCACAGUUUACUGUUGGGCCCCUCCGCUGCCAUGGAGACAGAAACAUCUGGAACACAAUAGCGUUCACCAAACCCGCCUACAUCGCCUUCCCCACCUUCAGGCCGGGGUCCAGCGCUGACAUCUCCUUCCACUUCAAAACAUACCGUGGUAACUGUGUCUUCUUGGAGAAUUCGGACGAACACCUACGAAACUUUAUACGGAUAGAGCUCAACAGUACCCAUGAACUUGUAUUUGUAUUUAUGGUUGGUGAUGGCAUCCUUAAUGUGACCCUACACUCUCCUGUGGGGCUCAAUGACAAUGAGUGGCACUUUGUCCAGGUUGAGAUUAACGUGAAGUUGGCCAGGAUUAAGGUCGAUUAUCAGCCUUGGGCCGUGAAACGUUUCCCUGGUCAGACCUUUAUCACCAUGAACUUUACUCAUCCUCUCCUAGUAGGUGCAGCGAAUCGCACGCUGAGACCGUUCUUGGGGUGUAUGCGAGGGCUACGGAUGAAUGGUGUUCCUCUGGAUCUAGAGGGUAGAGUAAAUGAAGAACAGGGUAUACGGAGGAAUUGUACAGGAGAGUGCCUCAAUGCUACCAUACCUUGUCGAAACAGUGGGCAGUGUAUUGAGGGUUAUGCGUCCUACACGUGUGACUGUAACAACACAGCCUUUGAUGGUUUCUACUGCCAUAAAGACAUUGGAGCCUACUUUGAAAUCGGUUCCUGGUUGAGGUACAACAUACGAAAGAAGCCUACAUCGGAUGAAGCGGUGUGGGCCAACUGGAUUGACCCACACUACGACAAUUUCAGCCUCGGUUACAACGACACAGCAGAUGACAUAGAGUUCAGUUUCAGCACAGUCCACACGCCGGCUGUGUUGCUCUACAUCAGCUCCUUCGUCCAGGACUACAUCGCCGUCAUCCUCAAGAAGGACGGAAGUGUUGACCUGAGGUACAAGCUGGGACUUAGGACACAGACGUACCAGUUGACUCACCGAAACCUGGCAGAUGGAUACCCCCACUAUGUCAACAUAACCAGACACAACAGAACCAUCAAAACACAGGUGGAUUAUAUGGAACCCAUAGUGGAUAAAAUAACCUUAGUGGAGGAUGCUAGGUUUGACUCUCCAAAGACCAUGUUCCUCGGCAGAGUUAUGGAGGUUGGUGACAUUGACUACGAGAUUCAGAGGCUUAAUGCUCCAGGCUUCAUUGGCUGCAUAUCCGGGGUGAGGUACAACGUCUAUGCCCCUUUAAAGGCCUUCUUCCGUCCAAAUGAAACAGAUCCUCCGGUAACGACACAAGGCUACGUCUCUGAGUCAAACUGUGGCGCCUUCCCUCCUGUCUUGGGUUAUGUACCUUGGGAGGUAGACCCUUGGUUUACGGGCAUAGAAUAUAUUUAUAUCCAUGAUGAUCUUGGCCUGUUUUGGAUAACAGUCAUUGUGAUCCUGGCGCUGCUGCUACUCUUCGCGGGCCUGUACAGCAUCUAUGUGUACGCGUAUCAGCAGAAAGGCAGCUACCGCACCAACGAACCCAAGAACCUGGAGUCUCCGAGCAGCGCCCGCCCUCUGACCGAAUCCCUGAGAAGAGAAAAAAAGAACCUCCCACAAAUCGACGAGGACUUCAGGAGUGACUAGCAUCACAGGACCUGUGGGACAGCGUGGGUGGGGUUAGACCAGGGGUCGGGCAAGAGGGAAAUAGCAUUUACAACAACCACAGAUACCUGUAUUAAUUUUCUAAUCCCUUUUUAUUUUUGGCAUUUCAGUUUGUUUUCCUUGCCCCAUGUUGAGUGGGAUCUGAUGCCUGGUGCUCUACUGUAUAUGUAUAUUUGGUAAGUUCAAGUUUUGUUGGGUUCAGAGUUCAAAUCAAGCCCCGUGCUGCGUGACACGUCUCACACUGUGUUGCAGGGUGAAAUAAUGAAGUGCCUCAUCUGAGCAAGCUGGAUCUGAAGCGACCACAAACGCUUAUUCAGAUCAGGGUCGUGGAUCAAAAGGAUAUUGAGGUGGUGUCGGAGUACAACAUCGGUUCGGAGUAUUCGCGCAUUUUAUCGGUCGUUUUUUUUUCCGAGCUGUUUUUGAGAGCAACUAAAGCCACCGAUACAUAUAUCACUGCAUAGAUUUACCUUUUGAUGACAAUCUCUCAUUCUUCUGUAGCUCUGAGCACACCUGAGAGCUGCUUCACCAAACCAGCUCUUUAAAAACAAACGGAAAUUAACCGGCGUUCCUAAGUAAAAACAACAACAACCAACCGACGAGACAGCAAGCUGACAAGCAUGGAGCUUUUGAGAUGUUAAGCUUUUGAGAUGAUACAUAUUAAGAUCGUAAAAGGUUAUAUGCUUAUAUUUGUUGUAUUCCAGCCUAUAGCGGUGCAUUACCUAUACACAAUGGCACUCGCUGAAAUUGCUCAGAAUUGCCAUGUAAUAUAGUGUCAGUAGAUAGCAGCUUUGCCAAUUGCAGUGCGCUCACAUUCUCAGAUGCUUCGGGAAAUGAGAGUGUGAUGAGUUGUUGGAUACUGUACCUCUGGGUGUGACAGUUAACAGACUGCUGGUGUACUGCAGAGUCAGAACAGACAAGAAAUGAAGAGAGGAGGUGUCAUAAGAGGUCGCCAGGGACUGAGUGACCCACAUAUGACCCACAUAUCCAAGGUCUCGUUUCCCUUCUCUCGUCUUACUUAUAUCAAGAAUCAAGCUGCCAAUAGCUCGGUGCUACAGAGUGUUUGACUCAGCAGACGUUUUGCUGAAAAGAAUCAAAAAUCCUUUUUUCGUGACCCGAUAAUUAAGGAAAAAGAAAAAUCCGCCAGGAAACAGCUGCUCCCUAUUGCCAUGUGGAGACACACGCACACACACAAUAACAUUAUGUACAGAGGACCACACAUGUGUAAAUGCUAGUCUUCUACUUCAAACUCACAGUGCUUGAAUGUUUUAAUAUAACGCUGUAGGGCCAGUCGCUGACCAUGCCGUCUUUGCUGCUGCUGUUGCUGCUGCUUGUUUAGCUGCUACCAGUGGAAAAGUCUAGAUAUCGUUUUUAUUUUGUUGGCAAGACGACGUUUAAUUUGACGUGUGCGGUGCAACCAAAAGCGUACUGUAGGCCCAUCAUCGCUCACCACCACUAAUACACUGUUGUGUUUGUGAAAAAUACAAAAAUAGAAUCAUACAUUUGCAGCAUACGUAGAGCAUGAACGCACUUUGCAGAAACACGCAAUAAUAUGAAUACUUUUUUUCAGCAUUUUAAUUGCACAUGCAAAAUAGCACAUAGGAUGUGACGCGUGUAUAUGUGAAUAUUGUGCAAAGCAAACUUUCUUUCAUUCUACAGUUUAUACAGAAAAAAGGGGAAAGAGUUAAACUACGAGAAGAAGGUGGAGGUGAUUGAAUGUAAACUCUUUGACUCUGUUUUCACUGACGAGCUCCUUUAUGGCGCAAACUACUCAUGUUAGCUUUUAAGAGAACGCUCAGGAUACAGAAAGUGCAGUACUUUGUCCUCCGUAGCACGAAUAUACCUCCAAAAUCCAACAUGGCGGUUGGGUGUUGCAAACAGGGACAGGAUUGUUCAAAAUUGUACAGCGACAGGAUGUACAGUAGAUGUAAAAAACUAAACUAAAACAAACCUGCAAUGACUGUAAAGGCACGACUUGCUGAUAAUGUAUGUAAAUGUACACAUUUAGCCUCCGCAGACUAUAUUUUUAAGAAUGUGCUGUGAGGAGAUGAAUGGAAGUGAAAAAACUGAGCAUAUGCAGUGAAACUGUUGUUGGCAACACUUUACAUUACAGUACAGUAACAACAUUGUGAUAAUAAUAUUGUAAUAUGGAAAUAUUCAAUGUCUUAUUGCAAUUUCCACCUUUUUAUAUCCAGAUAAUAGCUAACUAAUAGCUAGCUAAUAGCUAGCUAAUAACUAGCUAAUUACAGUAGGUUUCUGUCAGAGUAAUGUUAAUGAAAAAGGUAAUUACUAUAUCUUUUAGUUGUAAUUCAUUCUCCUAUAUGACCCACACACAUUUUUCGUCCUUAUUACUAAAUUAAUCCAAAUUUAUUGCUAUUGCACAUUUAAAAACAACAAUUGCUAGUGCUGUACAUAGCAUAAAUACAUAAAACAUUACAGAAUAUGAAACAAUGUAAACUAACGGCGAUAUAAAUAACAACAAAAACAAUAGAACCAAAUAAAACAGAAACAAGGUCAAUAAAUAAAGAUAUAAAACACUCUUAUACAUGGUCACUAAGCUAUGACUAUAACUAUAGUUCUGUUAUCAUAAUAUCACUUCCCUUUACCAAAUUAUUACUAUACUAUUAUGCCAUAUUGUCAUUAUAGUAUAUUGUAAUGUAAACUGUUGCCCUGUUUGGGUUCUGGUGGAUACAAAGUGUCGCGUGUGUUUUAUGUUAACCGGACAAUCAUCAACCAAAUGUCACACUGGGAGAAACCAACAACGUUGGGGUCAACUUUGCUUCAUUGCCUAUUAGGAAAAGAGUUCCUUGCGUAGGAUACACAAUAAAUGUAUGCAUCUAUUCAUCGUUAAUGGAUUAUAAACAUUCAGCCUAGCAGUGUUUGUCAUAUGUGGUCCCUGGCACGCGCGCGUGUGUAUGUGUAUGUGUGAGUGACUGGCUGUUUUAACUGCUUUGUGUUCUGUGCUCACCAAAUCACAUUAUACUGGUGUUAGAUAUUUAUUUAUUUAUUUUUAAGUGCACCAAUAGUACCAGAGAAGGACAGAGACAAGGCCUGGUAAUAAAGCUCAGUGUGCUCCAGUGUGUCCAACCUGCUUCCUUCCUUACAAUAGAGGCAUGGAUGGACGUGGGCAAAAAUUGAUUAGGAUACAAUUGGCCAGUAGAGGGAGCACACCAGCAGGAUUAAGUUAUCUGCUAAAAGAGGAUUUAAAAUAAACAAUAAUUAAAUGAGAUUUGUGUUUUCAAAGUGGCACAAACUUGAAUUUUGGCCCUAAAAAAGGUCACAACUUGCAUGUAAUCCUGUUCUACUCUGUACUAACACCACACAGUUCCAGUACUUAGUAAAAUCCUUUAGACUUUUGUGAAAUACAUCAGCUGUUCACAGUGAUACCAUGUGUGGAAUGAAAAUGAUAAAAACACCAGAGGGACGAAGUCGGCAGGUUAGACUUCAAACUGCACCAUCGAAACUCAAUCCUUCUGCUAUCAACAGUUGUUUGUGACCACACUCGAGUAUUUUUCUUUCUGUUUUGUAUUAACUUUCACUGUAAAUGACCAUGACUGUGUAAAGUAAGGUAAA